CACAAUGGAUUGCUCCGUACUGCUCAUCUGGCUCCUGAUAAUACCUGCGGCCUGUCAAGCCAACGAUGGAGCAUUAGCAGACAGCUGCCCGCCCGACCAGUUCUACAGUCUGACGUCACAAGCCUGCGAGUCGUGUCCGGCUGGUCAGUACAAAAGUGAACACGUCCGCCACUGUCUAGUCUGCCCGUAUGUGACCUUCAACUCCACAUCUUGCACGGAAGGAGAAGGUAGAAACAUGACGAACGAGAGAGUGAACAUUGACAUGGAUUUGACCCUGGUGAUGUCGUCAUGCGACUAUGCAAAUUUCACCGAAUCACUCAAACAACCAGGCGCUGCCUCUAAAGUCAUCCAAGGUUUUAUUGUGGCAAACUACAUGCACAUUUAUUACAGAGACCUGUGUUUCCCAUACCCAUACACCUGUGAUAAUGUCCAAGCCUUUGUCAUUGAUGACCAGAUCUGUAUACCAGAUGCCAACUGCACCGACCCUGAGACGUGUCAAAUAUUUAGAACUAAAAUGCAUGUUGGUGUCUAUUACACAAGGAGUUUUGUCCAGCCUGUAAUCAAUAUGAGCCUAGAGAUGAAUAAUGCACGUUCUGUUGAUGCCUUUAUGGGAAUGAUGUAUGAUUUAACACACGUCAAAGCAUUGUCUGUAAACUUUUCAAACACAAAUCCAAGAUUUGAACUCCCAUUCAUAUAUGCUAUCACAGUGGUUGAUGAUAUAAACAGAUUUGUUAUGUAUAUAGAAGUCAUCCUUGGAAUUGAAAGCACUUCAGAACUUGAAAAUAUAAUUGUUAAGACAAACUUUUUAACUGAUAUCUCUUCUAGUCUGCAUGCUAUCAAUCAAGGUUUUCUUAUGGCAAUAAGUGAAAGUGACAGUGUUUGUUCACCCUACAAUGGCACCAACAUAUGUUUAAACAUUUCUCUGUGGUUCACACAAGAGAUUCAUGAAGAUCUACUGGAAUGGGUAGCAGCAGUAAUGAUAAUGUCUCACCAGAACUUCAAAGGUUCAGCAGGAAAACUAAUUGGCCCAAUAAAGGUUUACAGGUCACAGGCUGCUAUGGAAGAUCAUUUGCUGUGGACAGGAUUAUGUAAUUUGAUGAACAAACUUAAUGUGGCUCAGAUGUUCUGUAAAGAUGGAAAUCAGUGUGACUAUAUUGAUUCUAAUGGUGAAAUGAUUUGUUCAGAAAGAACUGAUUGUGGAAACUGGACAUGGGGAGAAAACUGUUCAGAGCCUUGUAACUGUGAACAGAAUAACUCAGUAGAUUGUCAUAGCCUGAAUGGCACCUGUGUUUGUCUGUAUGGCUACACUGGCAGCCGUUGUGAUGAAGACGUUAACGAAUGUCUGCAGUCUCCUUGUGGUCCAGACAUGGACUGCAUCAACACCCAUGGAAGCUUUGAAUGUCAUCUGGCUGGCAGCUGUGGAAAUUGGACAUGGGGAGAAGAUUGCAACAAUACAUGCAACUGUAACCGCAACAGCACAAUGGAUUGUCACGGCUGGAAUGGCACCUGUGUUUGUCUGUAUGGCUACACUGGCAGCCGUUGUGAUGAAGACGUUGACGAAUGUCUGCAGUCUCCUUGUGGUCCAGACAUGGACUGCAUCAACACCCAUGGAAGCUUUGAAUGUCAUCUGGCUGGCAGCUGUGGAAAUUGGACAUGGGGAGAAGAUUGCAACAAUACAUGCAACUGUAACCGCAACAGCACAAUGGAUUGUCACGCCUGGAAUGGCACCUGUGUUUGUCUGUAUGGCUACACUGGCAGCCGUUGUGAUGAAGACGUUGACGAAUGUCUGCAGUCUCCUUGUGGUCCAGACAUGGACUGCAUCAACACCCAUGGAAGCUUUGAAUGUCAUCUGGCUGGCAGCUGUGGAAAUUGGACAUGGGGAGAAGAUUGCAACAAUACAUGCAACUGUAACCGCAACAGCACAAUGGAUUGUCACGGCUGGAAUGGCACCUGUGUUUGUCUGUAUGGCUACACUGGCAGCGGUUGUGAUGAAGACGCUAAUGAAUGUCUGCAGUCCCCUUGUGGUCCAGACAUGGACUGCAUCAACACCAAUGGAAGCUUUGAAUGUCAUCUGGCUGGCAGCUGUGGAAAUUUGUCAUGGGGAGAAGAUUGCAACAAUACAUGCAACUGUAACCGCAAAAGCACAAUUGAUUGUCACAGGUCGAACGGCACAUGUUUUUGUUAUGAUGGAUAUACAGGAAGCUUUUGUGAUGAAGACGUUAACGAAUGUCUGCAGUCCCCUUGUGGCCCAGGUAUGGACUGCAUCAAUACUGAUGGAAAGUUUGUAUGUAAUCUGGCUAACAGCUGUGGAAAUUGGACAUGGGGAGAAGAUUGCAACAAUACAUGCAACUGUAACCGCAACAGCACAAUGGAUUGUCACAGCCUGAAUGGAACCUGUGUUUGUCUGUAUGGCUACACUGGCAGCCGUUGUGAUGAAGACGUUAACGAAUGUCUGCAGUCUCCUUGUGGUCCAGACAUGGACUGCAUCAACAUCCAUGGAAGCUUUGAAUGUCAUCUGGCUGGCAGCUGUGAAAAUUGGACAUGGGGAGAAGAUUGCAACAAUACAUGCAACUGUAACCGCAACAGCACAAUGGAUUGUCACGGCUGGAAUGGCACCUGUGUUUGUCUGUAUGGCUACACUGGCAGCCGUUGUGAUGAAGAUGUUAACGAAUGUCUGCAGUCUCCUUGUGGUCCAGACAUGGACUGCAUCAACACCCAUGGAAGCUUUGAAUGUCAUCUGGCUGGCAGCUGUGGAAAUUGGACAUGGGGAGAAGAUUGCAACAAUACAUGCAACUGUAACCGCAACAGCACAAUGGAUUGUCACGGCUGGAAUGGCACCUGUGUUUGUCUGUAUGGCUACACUGGCAGCCGUUGUGAUGAAGACGUUGACGAAUGUCUGCAGUCUCCUUGUGGUCCAGACAUGGACUGCAUCAACACCCAUGGAAGCUUUGAAUGUCAUCUGGCUGGCAGCUGUGGAAAUUGGACAUGGGGAGAAGAUUGCAACAAUACAUGCAACUGUAACCGCAACAGCACAAUGGAUUGUCACGGCUGGAAUGGCACCUGUGUUUGUCUGUAUGGCUACACUGGCAGCCGUUGUGAUGAAGACGUUGACGAAUGUCUGCAGUCUCCUUGUGGUCCAGACAUGGACUGCAUCAACACCCAUGGAAGCUUUGAAUGUCAUCUGGCUGGCAGCUGUGGAAAUUGGACAUGGGGAGAAGAUUGCAACAAUACAUGCAACUGUAACCGCAACAGCACAAUGGAUUGUCGCGGCUGGAAUGGCACCUGUGUUUGUCUGUAUGGCUACACUGGCAGCCGUUGUGAUGAAGACGUUGACGAAUGUCUGCAGUCUCCUUGUGGUCCAGACAUGGACUGCAUCAACACCCAUGGAAGCUUUGAAUGUCAUCUGGCUGGCAGCUGUGGAAAUUGGACAUGGGGAAAAGAUUGCAACAAUACAUGCAACUGUAACCGCAACAGCACAAUGGAUUGUCACGGCUGGAAUGGCACCUGUGUUUGUCUGUAUGGCUACACUGGCAGCCGUUGUGAUGAAGACGUUGACGAAUGUCUGCAGUCUCCUUGUGGUCCAGACAUGGACUGCAUCAACACCCAUGGAAGCUUUGAAUGUCAUCUGGCUGGCAGCUGUGGAAAUUGGACAUGGGGAGAAGAUUGCAACAAUACAUGCAACUGUAACCGCAACAGCACAAUGGAUUGUCGCGGCUGGAAUGGCACCUGUGUUUGUCUGUAUGGCUACACUGGCAGCCGUUGUGAUGAAGACGUUGACGAAUGUCUGCAGUCUCCUUGUGGUCCAGACAUGGACUGCAUCAACACCCAUGGAAGCUUUGAAUGUCAUCUGGCUGGCAGCUGUGGAAAUUGGACAUGGGGAGAAGAUUGCAACAAUACAUGCAACUGUAACCGCAACAGCACAAUGGAUUGUCGCGGCUGGAAUGGCACCUGUGUUUGUCUGUAUGGCUACACUGGCAGCCGUUGUGAUGAAGACGUUGACGAAUGUCUGCAGUCUCCUUGUGGUCCAGACAUGGACUGCAUCAACACCCAUGGAAGCUUUGAAUGUCAUCUGGCUGGCAGCUGUGGAAAUUGGACAUGGGGAGAAGAUUGCAACAAUACAUGCAACUGUAACCGUAACAGCACAAUGGAUUGUCACGGCUGGAAUGGCACCUGUGUUUGUCUGUAUGGCUACACUGGCAGCCGUUGUGAUGAAGACGUUGACGAAUGUCUGCAGUCUCCUUGUGGUCCAGACAUGGACUGCAUCAACACCCAUGGAAGCUUUGAAUGUCAUCUGGCUGGCAGCUGUGGAAAUUGGACAUGGGGAGAAGAUUGCAACAAUACAUGCAACUGUAACCGCAACAGCACGAUGGAUUGUCACGGCUGGAAUGGCACCUGUGUUUGUCUGUAUGGCUACACUGGCAGCCGUUGUGAUGAAGACGUUGACGAAUGUCUGCAGUCUCCUUGUGGUCCAGACAUGGACUGCAUCAACACCCAUGGAAGCUUUGAAUGUCAUCUGGCUGGCAGCUGUGGAAAUUGGACAUGGGGAGAAGAUUGCAACAAUACAUGCAACUGUAACCGCAACAGCACAAUGGAUUGUCACGCCUGGAAUGGCACCUGUGUUUGUCUGUAUGGCUACACUGGCAGCCGUUGUGAUGAAGACGUUGACGAAUGUCUGCAGUCUCCUUGUGGUCCAGACAUGGACUGCAUCAACACCCAUGGAAGCUUUGAAUGUCAUCUGGCUGGCAGCUGUGGAAAUUGGACAUGGGGAGAAGAUUGCAACAAUACAUGCAACUGUAACCGCAACAGCACAAUGGAUUGUCGCGGCUGGAAUGGCACCUGUGUUUGUCUGUAUGGCUACACUGGCAGCCGUUGUGAUGAAGACGUUGACGAAUGUCUGCAGUCUCCUUGUGGUCCAGACAUGGACUGCAUCAACACCCAUGGAAGCUUUGAAUGUCAUCUGGCUGGCAGCUGUGGAAAUUGGACAUGGGGAGAAGAUUGCAACAAUACAUGCAACUGUAACCGCAACAGCACAAUGGAUUGUCACGGCUGGAAUGGCACCUGUGUUUGUCUGUAUGGCUACACUGGCAGCCGUUGUGAUGAAGACGUUGACGAAUGUCUGCAGUCUCCUUGUGGUCCAGACAUGGACUGCAUCAACACCCAUGGAAGCUUUGAAUGUCAUCUGGCUGGCAGCUGUGGAAAUUGGACAUGGGGAGAAGAUUGCAACAAUACAUGCAACUGUAACCGCAACAGCACAAUGGAUUGUCACGGCUGGAAUGGCACCUGUGUUUGUCUGUAUGGCUACACUGGCAGCCGUUGUGAUGAAGACGUUGACGAAUGUCUGCAGUCUCCUUGUGGUCCAGACAUGGACUGCAUCAACACCCAUGGAAGCUUUGAAUGUCAUCUGGCUGGCAGCUGUGGAAAUUGGACAUGGGGAGAAGAUUGCAACAAUACAUGCAACUGUAACCGCAACAGCACAAUGGAUUGUCACGGCUGGAAUGGCACCUGUGUUUGUCUGUAUGGCUACACUGGCAGCCGUUGUGAUGAAGACGUUGACGAAUGUCUGCAGUCUCCUUGUGGUCCAGACAUGGACUGCAUCAACACCCAUGGAAGCUUUGAAUGUCAUCUGGCUGGCAGCUGUGGAAAUUGGACAUGGGGAGAAGAUUGCAACAAUACAUGCAACUGUAACCGCAACAGCACAAUGGAUUGUCGCGGCUGGAAUGGCACCUGUGUUUGUCUGUAUGGCUACACUGGCAGCCGUUGUGAUGAAGACGUUGACGAAUGUCUGCAGUCUCCUUGUGGUCCAGACAUGGACUGCAUCAACACCCAUGGAAGCUUUGAAUGUCAUCUGGCUGGCAGCUGUGGAAAUUGGACAUGGGGAGAAGAUUGCAACAAUACAUGCAACUGUAACCGUAACAGCACAAUGGAUUGUCACGGCUGGAAUGGCACCUGUGUUUGUCUGUAUGGCUACACUGGCAGCCGUUGUGAUGAAGACGUUGACGAAUGUCUGCAGUCUCCUUGUGGUCCAGACAUGGACUGCAUCAACACCCAUGGAAGCUUUGAAUGUCAUCUGGCUGGCAGCUGUGGAAAUUGGACAUGGGGAGAAGAUUGCAACAAUACAUGCAACUGUAACCGCAACAGCACGAUGGAUUGUCACGGCUGGAAUGGCACCUGUGUUUGUCUGUAUGGCUACACUGGCAGCCGUUGUGAUGAAGACGUUGACGAAUGUCUGCAGUCUCCUUGUGGUCCAGACAUGGACUGCAUCAACACCCAUGGAAGCUUUGAAUGUCAUCUGGCUGGCAGCUGUGGAAAUUGGACAUGGGGAGAAGAUUGCAACAAUACAUGCAACUGUAACCGCAACAGCACAAUGGAUUGUCACGGCUGGAAUGGCACCUGUGUUUGUCUGUAUGGCUACACUGGCAGCCGUUGUGAUGAAGACGUUGACGAAUGUCUGCAGUCUCCUUGUGGUCCAGACAUGGACUGCAUCAACACCCAUGGAAGCUUUGAAUGUCAUCUGGCUGGCAGCUGUGGAAAUUGGACAUGGGGAGAAGAUUGCAACAAUACAUGCAACUGUAACCGCAACAGCACAAUGGAUUGUCGCGGCUGGAAUGGCACCUGUGUUUGUCUGUAUGGCUACACUGGCAGCCGUUGUGAUGAAGACGUUGACGAAUGUCUGCAGUCUCCUUGUGGUCCAGACAUGGACUGCAUCAACACCCAUGGAAGCUUUGAAUGUCAUCUGGCUGGCAGCUGUGGAAAUUGGACAUGGGGAGAAGAUUGCAACAAUACAUGCAACUGUAACCGCAACAGCACAAUGGAUUGUCACGGCUGGAAUGGCACCUGUGUUUGUCUGUAUGGCUACACUGGCAGCCGUUGUGAUGAAGACGUUGACGAAUGUCUGCAGUCUCCUUGUGGUCCAGACAUGGACUGCAUCAACACCCAUGGAAGCUUUGAAUGUCAUCUGGCUGGCAGCUGUGGAAAUUGGACAUGGGGAGAAGAUUGCAACAAUACAUGCAACUGUAACCGCAACAGCACAAUGGAUUGUCACGGCUGGAAUGGCACCUGUGUUUGUCUGUAUGGCUACACUGGCAGCCGUUGUGAUGAAGACGUUGACGAAUGUCUGCAGUCUCCUUGUGGUCCAGACAUGGACUGCAUCAACACCCAUGGAAGCUUUGAAUGUCAUCUGGCUGGCAGCUGUGGAAAUUGGACAUGGGGAGAAGAUUGCAACAAUACAUGCAACUGUAACCGCAACAGCACAAUGGAUUGUCGCGGCUGGAAUGGCACCUGUGUUUGUCUGUAUGGCUACACUGGCAGCCGUUGUGAUGAAGACGUUGACGAAUGUCUGCAGUCUCCUUGUGGUCCAGACAUGGACUGCAUCAACACCCAUGGAAGCUUUGAAUGUCAUCUGGCUGGCAGCUGUGGAAAUUGGACAUGGGGAGAAGAUUGCAACAAUACAUGCAACUGUAACCGUAACAGCACAAUGGAUUGUCGCGGCUGGAAUGGCACCUGUGUUUGUCUGUAUGGCUACACUGGCAGCCGUUGUGAUGAAGACGUUGACGAAUGUCUGCAGUCUCCUUGUGGUCCAGACAUGGACUGCAUCAACACCCAUGGAAGCUUUGAAUGUCAUCUGGCUGGCAGCUGUGGAAAUUGGACAUGGGGAGAAGAUUGCAACAAUACAUGCAACUGUAACCGCAACAGCACGAUGGAUUGUCACGGCUGGAAUGGCACCUGUGUUUGUCUGUAUGGCUACACUGGCAGCCGUUGUGAUGAAGACGUUGACGAAUGUCUGCAGUCUCCUUGUGGUCCAGACAUGGACUGCAUCAACACCCAUGGAAGCUUUGAAUGUCAUCUGGCUGGCAGCUGUGGAAAUUGGACAUGGGGAAAAGAUUGCAACAAUACAUGCAACUGUAACCGCAACAGCACAAUGGAUUGUCACGGCUGGAAUGGCACCUGUGUUUGUCUGUAUGGCUACACUGGCAGCCGUUGUGAUGAAGACGUUGACGAAUGUCUGCAGUCUCCUUGUGGUCCAGACAUGGACUGCAUCAACACCCAUGGAAGCUUUGAAUGUCAUCUGGCUGGCAGCUGUGGAAAUUGGACAUGGGGAGAAGGUUGCAGCAAUACAUGCAACUGUGAUGUUAACAAAACUACAUCCUGUCUGAAGUCAAAUGGAACUUGCCUAUGUAAAGAUGGGUUCUCUGGUACCCAGUGUACAGAACAAAACAAUGUUUGCCUGGAAACUACACCCUGUGGUCUCCAUUCAGUUUGUGUAGCCAAUGGAUCAAGCUACUUAUGUCAGUGUGACAUUGGCUUUAAAAAUGUUUUAUCCAGUCCAAAUACUUGUGAAGCUUGUAGUAGCUGGACCUGGGGCAGGAACUGUAACAACUCUUGCACCUGCCAGAUAAACAAGACAGAAAGUUGCUCAAGUACAACUGGCAACUGUAAUUGUAAACCUGGAUACACGUCUGCUGAUUGUGGCACAGAUGUCAAUGAGUGCACAGAUUCCCCUUACAUUUGUGGUGAAAACUUCAACUGCAUCAACAUAGAUGGUGGUUACACGUGUGUGAAACAAAAUGAAACAGCUCUCAAACAAAGAGAUCUCUAUCCAUAUGGAGAAUCUGUAGGAGAUUACAUUGUUGAAACAAGUGGGGGUGAAGGUUUUUACUACUGGUACGAUGCCAUCAGUAAACCCAUCACUUUUUCAAGUGCAGUUCCAUUUGGUUCAACAAGGGUUCAAGUUGCACAUGUCCUACCAAAUGGUGUGAUUACAUUUGGCCGUCAAACAAGAGUUUGGUGGCCAGAUUUACAGUACACUUACUCAACGGACCCCACUCCCAAUGUGCUGGCACCUUUCUGGACCUAUACCAACCCAAAGCAAUCUGGCAAAGUGUUUUAUCACCUGUAUGAGCAAGUGAAUCCCUUGUCUAAAUGGACACAGAACUCACCAAAACUGAAUGAUGUGCUCACCAGGGCUAGUCAAGAGAUAAAUGAACAUUUUCACCUAGAAAGUUUUCUGGCAACCACAGUCCUAGUUGCCAGCUAUGAAAAAGUGGAGCCAUACUCCUGGUACAUGUGGCUAUGUGACUGGUUUGAUGAGUACAAAACAUAUGACUGGUGGAUUCUCUACUACCAGUCUUUGUAUGAGGAAUAUUGUUUGACAAAGAGAGUUGAAACGAAUACAUUCCAAGCUGUGUUUGUGAGUGAUGGUGUGACAUCAUAUGCUAUAGUCACUUACAAAAAGGAUGAGAUGAACUGGGCUUAUGAACAGUGGAGAACUAUAGCAGUUGGUCUGGUUUCUGCAGACUUAAUUAGAGAUUACCAAGUGACCUACACUGAUCUUACCACCAACAUGGAUAAAGUGGUUUGGAACACAGGUCGCUAUGGUACCUGGAUUGAACAAGUCGGCUAUUUCGUAAACCCAGACAGCCAGUGCAUGAACUUUUACUUACAAAACCAACACCUCAUAACCAACAGGACCCAUCAAACACACGUAGCCGCCCUGUUUGACUGUCCUUGUAGCCUUGACCGCAUGGGGGGUCAGUGGUGGUCGAAUUCUUGGAAGGAAGUUGAAGGAGAUGACAGGUCAUACAUCAUUUGCUUCGCUCUCAGCCCAAUGGCCAAGUCACGCCUGGAUAGGCUGAGGGGCAACCCUCUCAAUAGGCUCUGCUGCUACAAAUACACUUACCCAGACCCAAACUUGUAUUAUGACUGGGAGGCGUGGACCAAUGCUUGGCGUAACUCACCCUACAUACCCUUCAGAGAUCCUAACGCAGGUCAUCUUCUCCUGAAUGACCCUUGGUGGUGGUGGGGUGAUGCUAGGAAAUCAAAAGAAGAAGAUUUGAACCCACACAGAUGGUGUUGUGAGGAGAGUUCCUCCCCCUCCCAGUACUGCUCGUUGUUCAACCAAGUGCGGCCAGAAAAUGGCUGCUCAUUAGAGGCGGAGUUCAUCUCAGGUAUUGCACUAGGUGACCCACACAUCCUGAGCUUAGAUGGCAAUGAAUACACGUUCAAUGGUCUGGGUGAAUAUGUGCUACUCUGGGCUGAAGACAUACCUUUCAUGUUCCAAUGUCGCACAGAGCAGAUCAGCAAUGCUGAAGGGAAGAAGACAAACGCAACUGGGUUUGUUGCCUUUGCUGCUGUGGAGGGAGACAACUCUAAGCUACAAGUAGAACUUGAUCUUGUUGGAACAGGCAUGGUAAUUGUAGCAAAUGGUCAUGAUGUGACAGUUGAGUUCUACAAAGUCAGCGACUACCAGGAAACUUUUGAUAACAACAUCACCAUCACAAGGGAGGAUAAGGAGAACAGAACACAAAUGGUGGCAACAUUUCCUUCUGGUAUCUCAUUGAAAGUCCAUGUUGGCAUGAAAAUUCUAGAAUUUUCUAUUGAUGUGUCAACUGACUUGAAAGGAAAAUUUAAAGGCCUGAUGGGGAAUUUCAAUGGGAACAAAAGUGACGACUUCAUUCUUCCUGAUGGCACUGUGCUGACUGCUAAUGACACAAACACAGAGAGAAAAAUCUUUGAAAAUUUUGGCAGAGAAUGGGAGGUAACCUCCAGCAAUACCAUAUUUAACUACCCUGAUGGGAAGAGCUGCCUUGACUAUCAACAUCCUGAAUUUGAACCAACUUUCCGAGAAGAAGUCAACCCAGUGCUUCUUGCAGAGGCAAAAUCUAAAUGUGGUGACAAUGAUGCCUGUAUAUUUGAUUACAUAAUAACAAAGGAUGAAAAGUUUGCAUUGACCACCAAGUCUACAAGUGUUGACGCCUUUAGCCUGAAGUCUAACCAAGAUAACAGCCUUCCAUCCCUAAAGAUUCUACCCAACCAGCUAAAUAGACACAAUCAAUGGGAGGUAACUCAUGGUGUCAAAUCAACCUUCAGGUUCCAGGCUAAUGACACUGAUGUAACUGACACUGUGACCUACAGGCUAGUCGCCAACACAAGCAGUGAUCUCACCAUAGAUGGAGCCACUGGUGUUCUGACAUACACCCCAGAUUCUCACACCCCUGUCACCAUUGGUGUACAAGCAGUGGACUCCAAAGGGGGACAAUCCUUUAUUGUGUACCUGGAUGUGGUUGUCUGUCCUGCGUGUGGUGGAGUGGGAGAAUGUGACAGGAACAAGACAAGGGAGGGGGAGAAAAAUGGGGGAAGAUUUCUCCUGAAUGUUUGCAACUGCUGGCCCGCAUACACCGGUGAAGACUGUGAGGUGGAGUUUGAUGCUUGUAAGGAUCAGCCCUGUCUGGGGGAUCAAAAGUGCACAGACAGGACAGCAGCAGAGCAAGGAAACAGCCCUGUUGGAUAUUCCUGCGGUCCUUGUCCUGAUGGGUUUGAGGAACGUGACAGUACUUGUGUAGAUAAAAAUGAAUGUAUUGUCAAUGGGACCAGUGGAGUCUGUCCAGAAAAUUCAGAGUGUGAGAACACAGUUGGCUCCUACAGAUGUGAGUGUAAGCCAGGAUAUAGGCCAGAUACAGCCAACAGCUCACUAUGUAAAGAUAUUGAUGAGUGUUCAGAGAGGACCCACACAUGUCAGCAGUUAUGUGAAAAUACAGAUGGCAAUUUUAACUGUACCUGCUAUAAGGGCAACACAUUAAACCAAGACAAAAGAACUUGCACUCAGGAUCCUAGCAGUACAGAACUGUGUAAAUCAAAAAGCUGCUCACAAGUAUGUACUGUAACAGAUGGGGUUGCUAGCUGUAGCUGCUAUAAGGGCUACACUCUUCUUACAGACAAGGAUUGUGUUGACUUGAAUGAAUGUACAACUGGCAACAAACCAUGCAGUCAGUCAUGUGACAACACAGAUGGUGGCUACAAGUGUUCUUGUUACCCUGGCUACAAGCUGGAAAAUGAUGGAACCACAUGCACACCCUGUGUCCAGCCUUACUAUGGAACCAACUGUACCCAACUCUGUGUUUGCAAUGGUCAUGGAUCAUGUGACCCUAUCCGAGGCUGUGACUGCUCUACAGGGUGGACAGGGUUUAACUGUAACCUAGAUGUCAACGAGUGUUCCAACACUUCUGUGUGUCCCAUUGGCCAGAUCUGUGUCAACACACUUGGCUCUUUCCACUGUGAUUGUCCACCAGGAUAUUUCAGGGAUGGCAGAUUGUGUAAAGACCUUGAUGAAUGCCAGAAUGUUCUAGACAACAACUGUGACUUGGCAGUAGAGGACUGUGUCAACAACAAUGGCAGCUAUACAUGCACAUGCCAGAAAGGCUAUGCUAGAAAUGCCAAAAAUAUUUGUGUCGAUAUUGAUGAGUGUGUCACUAAAGCUCACAACUGUGAACAGAUUUGUGAAAAUACACAAGGAAAAUACAACUGCAAGUGUUUCUAUGGAUACAGACUUGACAUAGACAGAGCCAACUGCGUUAAAGCAUCAGAUGAUGUGUGCGCUGAUGUGACUAGUCUGAAGUGCCAACAGAUUUGUACAGUCGACCUGUCUACAAACACACCUCACUGUUUGUGUAACACUGGCUUCUUCCUGCAGGGGACAGAAAACUGUACAGACCUGAAUGAAUGUGAAUUUGACCAUUUGAAUCUGUGUGCACACAAGGAGAGAUGCAGUAAUACAGCUGGUGGCUACUCUUGUUCUUGCCCGUCUGGCUUUAUGUUAGAUAAUGAUGGACGAUCAUGUGUGGGAUGUGGCCCAGGCAAAUGGGGAACAAACUGUGUCACUGACUGUUCUUGUAGUGCUGGCGCUGACAGAUGUGACCCACAGAAGGGCUGCAUUUGUAAACCUGGAUUCUCUGGUGUACACUGUGAUGAAGAUCUGGAUGAGUGUGGUACAGGUCUUCUCAUCUGCUCAUCUGAUGAAAUUUGUGUCAACACCAGGGGCAGUGCUUUCUGUGAUUGCCUGGAUGGGUACUCAAAAAUAUCUGGAACAUGUACUGACAUCAAUGAGUGUGCUAGCCGUUUCAGCAAUGACUGUGAACAAGUGUGUGAGAACAAAAAUGGUGGCUUCACUUGCUCCUGUCACACUGGCUACAGGUACAACACUACAGCUAAAACUUGUCAUGACAUUGAUGAAUGUCAACUAAAGACUGCUAAAUGUGAGCAGAAGUGUGAGAACACAAAUGGUGGCUACCACUGUGCUUGUCUGGAUGGCUUGAAGCUUGAUGUGGAUGGGGCAUCUUGUUUAGUGGCCAGUGAGUGCUCCACACUGAACUGUUCCUACAAAUGUGCUGUGGUUAAUGGACAACAAACUUGUUUUUGCCAGAAGGGAAGGGAAGUCAACCCUGAUAAUAAUCUACUUUGUGAUGAUGUGGAUCUGUGUAAGAGCUCUCCUUGUUCACACUCCUGUGAAGAGACAGCUGAUGGCUCCAGUUUUAGGUGCACGUGUCCUGUUGGUCUACAACUGGCUGCUGAUGAAAUCACUUGUCUUGCUUGCCCAGACAACUUGUAUGGUGUAAACUGUAGCAGCAAAUGUUUGUGUAGUCCAACAACAUCUAUCUCAUGUGACAAGGUUAAUGGCACCUGUACCUGUAAACCUGGCUGGACAUCGGCCACUUGUAACACAGAUGUUGAUGAGUGUAGCGCAGGUGUCAUCUGUCCAGAUCAUGCCAAAUGUGUCAACACACCUGGCAGUUACCUGUGUCAGUGUCAGGCAGGAUAUCACAAGACAAGUGACAGUCAGUGCCAAGCCUGUUCCUUAAACUUUUAUGGAGAAGAGUGCAGGAAGCAGUGUGAUUGUGACACAUCACAGAGUGUGUGUGACAGUGUCACUGGCACAUGUAUGUGUAACCCAGGCUGGACUGGAGCAAAGUGUGACACAGAUGUUGAUGAGUGUAAAAACACAACUGCUGUUUGCCAAGACCCUGCUAGACUUCACUGGGUGUGCAUCAACUCACCUGGCUCAUACAGGUGUGGCUGUGAUGUUGGCUAUGUGGAUACAAGUGGCCAGUGUGUGGACCGGGAUGAAUGUGCGUCCAGUGAGACCAACCAGUGUGACAACAACUGCACCAACACAGCAGGCAGCUACACCUGCGCCUGUGGAUCUGGAUACAAACUGGCAGCUGAUGGAUACUCGUGUCAAGACAUAGAUGAGUGUCUUCAAGGCUCAAGUGGCUGUCAACAGCUGUGUAACAAUGAACCAGGUGCCUUUACCUGCUCUUGUAACCCAGGUUUUGAAGUGGAUGAAACUGACAUCAAAACAUGUUACAGCGCUGCUGGCUAUGGAUUUCAAGUCAAAUUAUUUAUGGAUGUCUCUGGGAAAAACUUGAGAGAAAAACUAGGAAGUGAUUACCAGGAGUUACAGAGAAAGAUUGGACAAUCUCUGAAGACUAAGAUGAUUGAAAAGGUGACUUAUCUGAAGCAAGUCAAGAUCAACAAUAUGAGGCAUGGCAGUGUGAUUGUAGAUUUAUCAGUGAUUAUAGCCACCUCUGUGGAUACACUGGCUGCAAGUAAACUGGUAGAAGCCAUCUUGUACAUAGCUGAGACAGGUUUGGUCGUGGAUGGAGUUUUACAAAAUGCUACAGUCACAGUGGGAAAUAUUACAGUUCCACCUACAGUAAACAGGUGCCAGAUUCUUGCUGCUAUUGAAGCCUGUACAUCAGAUGAGAAAUGUCAGCUCAAUCAAAAUGGAGAGGCAUAUUGCAAGAGCAAUGAGGAAGAAUUAAACAUUCCACUGAUUGUUGGACUAGCUGUGGGGAUUCCCCUAACUAUUGCCUUGAUUGUUGCCAUAGUUUUUGCUGUGGUUUAUAAAAAGAAGUACAGGGCUCAGAGAAGGGUCAAUGUAAGGGAGGCUACUUACUCAGACAGAGUUGCAACACCAGAAAUGAUUUCCUAUUCCAAUGUUGCACCUUUAAGUACUGGACUAGAUGCAAAUGAUAAACUUAAGCUUGUUUAAAAUACAUCAUUUAUUUUUUAAUCAUGUUUAAAGACUUGACACAAAUAGCUCAAAACUUUUUCUUAAUCAUAUUUACUUUUUUUUAAUGGUUUAAACACUGUUGAAAUUGAAUGUUAUACUAUAUAUAGUAUAUUAAAUAAAUGUUAGUUCUGUUUUCUAAUAAGUUAUUAGCAAAAUGUUAUUGUAAAAUCAUCCCAUGGUUCAUGUACAAAUAAUCACUAUAGUAAUUAAAUUAUCUGAAUUACAUACAGAACUGUUCUGUAACUGGUCAAACUGCUUCAGUGCUGGGGGCCUUGUUAACAAAUCUCCCACAGGAGCUAAGAGCUCAUUCUUUACAAUAACUUAAUUUCACAGACAUUCCGUCCAAUGUUUUUAAUUGUACAACUUAUUGUACAGUCAGUAUUUCUUUCUGUGAUGAUUUUUUGUUUGAUCAAGUUUUUAAAAUUAAGACUGGCUUCUAUACAAAGUAAAGAAUUGUAUUGUUGUGUUAACAUAUUUUUUUAGCAAUGUUUACUUAAUUUUGUGAUAAAAAAACAAAAUAAUUCAUUUUAUUGUUGAAUUAUAAAUACAUUUUUAACCAGUAUAUUUUAAAAUCUUUGGUUAAUGGUGAAUGUCUGGCUUCUGAGAUGUGAUGAAUGUUUUGUUUGUAAGUAUCUAGUAUCAUUAACUGAGCAGAUGAUGACACACUUGUGUUAAAAUCUCAUUUGUUAAUCUGUUAACAUUUAAUAUUAAAAAUACUUUGAAAAUUCGCCUUCCAUC